AUGAUUCAGAGACAGGGAGAGAUUGCUUUUGGGCAGAUCCGCUAUUCCGUCCCCGAGGAGAUGAAAAGGGGUUCGUUCGUGGGUAACAUAGCUCAGGAUUUGGGGAUCGACCCGAAAAGAAUGAAAUCUGGCAGCGCACGCAUUGUAAGCAGCGACAGCAGUGAGUACAUUGAGCUACAUUUAGACAAAGGGAUUCUGGUUGUCAGAGAGAGGAUAGACAGAGAACAGCUAUGCGGUCAAACGACCCCGUGUAGUUUGAGCUUUGAAGUGAUAAUGUCGAAUCCGAUGCAGUUGCACAGCGUUGUAAUCUUUAUCCAAGACCAGAACGAUAACGCCCCUCAGAUUCUCUACCCAGUACAGACUACUGUCUCUGCUGAAAUCGUUCCUCCUUCAGCAGAAGUUGGCUACCUUGUCACUAAAGUUGUCGCUGUUGAUGUGGACUCCGGGCAGAAUGCCUGGCUCUCAUAUAAACUGCUGAAAGCGACAGACAGAGCGCUGUUUGAAGUGGGCCCACAGAAUGGAGAAAUACGAACUUUACGCCAGGUCACUGAUAAAGAUGCAGUGAAGCAAAGGCUUACUGUUGUAGUGGAGGACAACGGGCAGCCCUCUCUAUCGGCUACAGUGAAUGUGAACGUAGCGUUGGCGGAUAGCUUCCCGGAAAUGUUGUCUGAAUUCAGUGACUUUACGCACGACAAGAAUUACAAUGGCAACCUGACGUUUUAUUUAGUCAUGGCCUUGGCUGUAGUGUCCUUUCUCUUCAUAUCUUCAUUAGUAGUAAUCAUAUCAGUGAAAAUCUACAGAUGGAGACAAUCCCGAAUCUUCUAUCAAUCCAAUCUGCCAAUCAUUCCAUACUAUCCGCCCCGUUACGCAGACGCUGGAGGAACAGGGACUCUACAGCACGUUUAUAAUUACGAGGUGUGCAGGACCACUGACUCCAGAAAGAGUGACUGUAAGUUCAUGAGACCCUGUAGUCAGAGCGUUUUAAUGCUGGACCCCAGCUCUACAGAGACAAUGCAGCACGUACAGAAAGAGACUCACAUUCUGGACGAGCCGGAGUCGCCAUUACAGCAUGCCUGGAUAGCUCCCCCCUUCCCUAUUCCCCCACCCCGAGCCUGA